AUUAGGAAAAAUAUUGUGUCGUGUAUGUUAUUGACGGACAAUGAACAGCAAAUUUUGUUUAUUUUUGGUGAUAUGCUGUGCAGUAGCAUCAGCGUCACCUCAAGGUCGUAUAGCUGGCGGUGAAGCGGCGGAAGUCGAAAGUCAUCCGUACAUGACGGCUCUGGUCUACUAUUACCCGCGACCCGACAUCUACAUUCAGCGCUGCGUCGGACCUUUGAUAUCAUCCUGGCAUGUUUUGACCACUGCCUACUGCUUCAAUGGAGCUGAACAAUCUAACUUCCAAGUGCGUGCUGGUUCUACAAAGAGUAUGGAAGGUGGCAGUGUGACAUCUAUCUUGGAAGUCAUAGAGCAUCCCGACUACGUGCUAGAUCCGCGGGAGAAUGACAUAGCUGUGGUACUCCUCGCCACGCCCUUCUCCGUGAGCGAUGUCACCAAUCCUUUGCUGCUGCCUCCUCCGAAUGUCUACCUUCCUGUGGGAACUCUUGGAACUGUGACUGGAUGGGGCUUUGAAGUGGAAAAUGGCGAACAGCUAGAUUCCCUAAAGACAGUCACUCUCAGAACUAUUCCACUCGAUACUUGCCAGAAGGCGUAUGAAGGUGUUAUUGGCGUAUCUAUACAAGACACCGCUCUCUGCGCCACGGAAGAAAACAAAGGCACAUGUUUCGGUGACUCCGGCUCACCGAUGGUGACUGAUAUGUUCGGACAAAAGGUGCUGGUCGGAAUCUCAUCUAUCUACAAGGACUGUGGCUCCGCGGAGUACCCGGACAUAUUUACGAGAGUAGACCGGUUCACAAGAUGGAUACUGGAGGUCGCAGUCGUUCCUACCAAUACCUCAUAGUUCACCAAGGCUAACUAAAAUGGCAGAAACACUAAAUCAUUUUAUAGAAUGCGUCUCAUUAAAAUAUUAUCGAAUUAAAA